AUGGCCGACGACCAACCAGCAUGGAAGAUACCGCCGAUCGUUCAGGAGCUGGCCGCCGGCGUGCAGGAGCCACCGAGCCGGUACGUGGUUGGCGGGCAAGAUCGUCCAGCCGUUGCCGUUGCCGCCAUGCCCGAGCCCAUUCCCAUCGUUGACCUCAGCCGGCUGUCCUCUACCGACGACGGCGCCGACGAGGCCGCCAAGCUCCUGUCCGCCCUGCAGAACUGGGGCCUCUUCCUGGCAGUCGGGCAUGGAAUGGAUCCAGGAUUUCUAGCUGAGAUGAUAGGAGUGACGAGGGGAUUCUUCAACCUCCCGCUCGACGAGAAGCAGAAGUACUCCAACCUGGCGAACGGCAAGGAGUUCAGGAACGAAGGGUAUGGCAACGACGUGGUGCUGUCGGAGGACCAGGUCCUAGACUGGUGCGACAGGCUGUACCUCAUCGUGGAGCCGGAGUCCCGGAUCGUCCGGAGCCUCUGGCCGGCGCAGCCCCCUGCCUUCUGCGACGUCCUUCGCGAGUACACCGCCAGGUGCCGGGAGAUCGCCGGCGUCGUGCUAGCCAGCGUCGCCAGGCUGCUGGGCCUGCACGAGGGCCGCUUCGUCAGCAUGAUGAGCGAGGGCGUCGCCAUGACGCACGCCAGGUUCAACUACUACCCGCGAUGCCCCGAGCCAGACCGCGUCUUCGGCCUGAGACCCCACUCCGACGCCUCCGUGAUCACCGUCGUCCUCAUCGACGACGCCGUCAGCGGGCUCCAGGUGCAGAAGCCCACCGACGGCGGCGGCGGAUGGUACGACGUGCCCAUCGUUCCCAACGCGUUGCUCGUCAACGUUGGGGACGUAACAGAGAUCAUGAGCAACGGCUUGUUCAGGAGCCCCGUGCACCGCGCGGUGACAAACGCCGAGAGCGACCGGGUGUCGCUGGCGAUGUUCUACACGUUGGACCCGGAGAAGGAGAUCGAGCCGCUGCCGGAGCUGGUGGACGACAAGAGGCCGAGGCGGUACAGGAAGACGACGACCAAGGAUUAUCUGGCGGUGCUGUUCGAGAGGUUCACCAGAGGGGAACGAGCCUUGGACACGGUGAAGAUCGACCUCAACGACGACUGA